AUGGCUAACGUCUCUCUCGGCCACGGCCCCAUCGUCAUCCCGCUCACCGAAUGGGUGGAGAACCGCAUCUCUGCUAUCUACAAGGCGCCCAACCAGAGGGAAUUCAGCACCGCGUUCGAUGAGUUCGUCGACGAGCACGCGCACAUCACCGUGAACGGCAAGCAGCUCAACCGUGACCAGUACAAGGAGCUGUUCCAGGGUGAGCGCGCCCUCGAGUCGUCUGCCACCGUCUCUUUCCUCGGCGCGGUGGAGGUUCCGGCCAACAAGAAGGAGCACCAGUCGGCCGGGCAUGUCGGUGUCUACUACAAGGCGAUCGUCUACGAGAGGCUCGUCUUCGGCGCCGAUCGGGAGUCUCGCACUGUCAACUCGUCCCUCAACGUCGUUGUGAAGGACGGCGGCAACCUGGAGGGACACAGGGUCACCGGCGUCGACCAGGUCAUCAUCAGCGAGCCCAACCCCGUUCGCUUCCAUUGAGCGGCCCGCAGACUGGAUUCGUACAGCGACUCCCAGCUCCCGAUGUACAAACAUGUUAUGGUUUGACCUCGUAUGCGAUAUUGUGUACCAAUAUAAUGUAUGCGCUAUGAGCCUACUCUCAUGUGACUCUGAAACCUGUGUCGAACUCCUCAACUACGAAUAUCGAAUCGUACUCGUCGCAGCCUCGCGACAAGCCACGGAACACUUCGUUACUUCGAGCUACGGAGCGUGUUUGAUCGGCCUAAAAAAGCAAUAUCCGACGAAGCAGCACAUUAAGCCACCAAAACUGGGAUGUAUCCGUAACUAUUUGGAUCGGAAACGCGCAUCUGGUUCAGUCGCGUAUUGAGUGUGUGCGAUGUCAUUA